GCGACAGAGAGAGGAUGAAGAGGAGACAGCAGCACUCAGGUAUCUGAGCGACGGCCUCACAUGAAAUGAGGCCCCCAUCUCAUCGUGGACCCUACGAGCAGCACAUGCUCUGUGUUUAGACCGGGUAUCUGUAUUUAAAGCUGAAGGUACCUCUGUUGAUCCAGAUGACCGAUCACCAGAUGAUAUGGAGACGACAUCAUCAAAUCCUGAUGGCGACACACAGGAGUCAGACUCAGACCAUCAGACACUCUCAGUGGAGUGUCCAAAAUGUGGGAGCAACAUUCAGGUGCCGGUUGAUGCUGGGGUGGAGGUCACAGAUAAAUAUCAGCCAGCCUCCUCCAACCAGAACAGGACCUGUGGAGAGGACUGGGUGUCACUGAGUGAGGACCAAGUGAACCUGGACGAGGUCUUACAGGAACUGAGAGGCUUGAUACCAGAUCAACUGUAUUCAUCAGCUAAAUCUCCAUCGUCAUAUUCAUGCUGUACCUAUAAAGUGAAGCUCUACAGUGUUGUCACUGGUAAAACCUUUGGUGCUGAUGACGUCAUACUGGAGCAAGUAAAGAAUAAAAGAUGGACAGCAACACUGAUGGAGGUGACCACAGAUCCUCAGGACUGCUACGUCAUCAUUGUCUUCUGUCCAAUCACGUCUCGUGUUGGAUCAGAUGUGGAGGCAGCCAUGAGACGUGAGGAAGUGUCUCAGAGUCAGAAACCUGUCAUCUUAGUGAUGAUGCAUCACACCAGAGAAGUCGACUAUUCACCUGAUGGAAGAAAAUGGUGUGAAAAGUAUCGAAACGUCGUCUCUGAGGUUCAUGUUCUCUUCCAUGAGACUCAGCCGGGCUUACUGAGAUGUGACAGGAAUGAUCAGGCAUUUGAACAAAUUCAAAAUGAGGUGCACAAACACAGUAAAGGCAGACGGCCUUGGUGACUUUCUGGUCUGGAUGUGGAACAAAAAGCAACAAACAAUGAAGUAAAGAAAGCAGCAGGAUGGUGAGAUUCAUGUUAGUGAUCAAUGACAGAAACAGAGAAACACAGUUUGACCUUCUCCUGAGUGAAUCUGAUUUAAUAUCACUGAUCACAGCUGCUUCACACUGUAUUUCUGCUCUAUAGUUACUGAGUGUCUUUCCUCUUUUUUAUUC